AUGACAUCGAGAAAGCAAACACCGAGUGAUUUUCUCAAGCAAAUUGUUGGCCGACCGGUGGUGGUGAAGCUCAAUAGCGGUGUUGAUUAUCGAGGUGUAUUGGCAUGUCUUGAUGGUUACAUGAACAUCGCUUUAGAACAAACGGAAGAAUAUAACGGUGGACAAUUGAAGAAUAAAUAUGGCGACGCGUUUAUUCGUGGCAAUAAUGUUUUAUAUAUCUCGACUCAGCGAAAGAAAUAA